CGGCCAUUUUGCAUCGAAAAUUUUGUGUGCGUGUGUGGACGAAUAACCUGUGACAAAACUGUCCGUUCCGCAAAAUUUUACAAUUGACGGUGGAAAUAUGCUAUUGAAUGGCUAGACGGUAUUGAAACAUUGAGCUAAAGUGACCUACAAACAGUGCGAAAUGGAAACGGUGCGAGUUUUCAACCAGGAGCUCUCGGGGCUUUACGAAUCAAAGCCACCGAUCUCCAAGGCGAAGAUGGCCUCGAUUACCCGGAGUGCGAUGAAGGCAAUCAAAUUCUACAAGCACGUCGUGCAAAGUGUGGAAAAGUUCAUCUCCAAGUGCAAGUCGGAGUACAAGAUCCCGGGACUGUACGUGAUUGAUUCGAUCGUGCGGCAGUCCAGACAUCAGUUCGGAGCGGAAAAGGACGUCUUUGCGCCCCGUUUUGCCCGUAACAUGGAGCAAACCUUUGCGCACCUGUUCCGCUGUCCGCCGGAGGAUAAGAGCAAAAUAAUACGGGUUCUAAAUCUGUGGCAAAAGAACAUGGUGUUCGCACCGGAAACGAUCCAACCGCUGUUCGAUCUAGCAAAUCCGGAACAUCCGUUGCAUCUGCAGUACAAUGCGGCGAUGGCGGCCAGUGCUGCUAACGCAAGCGCAUCGGAACCGGCCGGUGGCUCCAACGGCAUGAAUACCUCGAUUAUUUCGCACGAUUCGCCGGGACCGAUGUCGCACGAUGAUCAUGGCAGCUCGGCGCAGAAUUCGGAAACGAAACCGCUGGACCAGAACACCAUCCGCCAGUUGCAGCAGUUCCAGCAAAUUCUGAUGCGACAAACCAGUGGCGGUGACAGUGCGCAUGGUGCCGGUAAAGAUCAGGUCAAGUUCAACAAGAAACUGUUGGACUUCGAUUAUGGUAGCGAGGAGGACGAAGACAAAAACUCGCCGUCGGUUCCGUCGACGUCGCUACCGGACGGAAGUAACAUCGCUGCCAUCCUGUCCGAUCCGAAUGUGCUGAAACAAUUGCAGAACCUGCAGAAGCUCAAACAGCACGAAAUGGAGGAAAAGCAGAGCAAGCUGACCGAGAUGCGCCUCCAGGAGGAGAAGUUCGAAAAGCACUUGGCCAGUGUUCUCAAGGUGGCUAGCACUAUUAAUACUCAACAGCAGCUUAUCGAUAAGCUUCCCUUUGCGAACGAGUGUGAUCUGAGUCGACAGCCGCCGGUCGAGAUGAAUCCGGUGCUGCCACCUCCGAAGGAAGCCGAAAUCGAUGAGUUUGGCGUGGUUACAGAGGUCAUCAGUGACUCGCACAGCUCGCCCCGUAGUACGCCAGCGGACCAGUACAAGUCGUCCGCUCCAUCGAGACGCCGGAAGAGCCGCUCCCGUUCACCCAGGGAUCGUCGGGAUCGGGAAAGGGGAGGACGCCGUCGGACUCGUUCAAGGUCGCGAUCCCGUUCACAUUCACCCAGACGUGGUCGGGGAGGACGUGGUUCAUCCCGGGACCGAGAACGUAUCAGCCAGAAGGACAAAGAACGUGACAAGGAACGGGAGAGAGAACGCAAGAAACGUGGUUUACCGGAAAUCAAGAAGGAUCAUUUGAGUGUAUGCAGUACGACGCUCUGGGUUGGUCACCUGUCGAAACUGGUCCAGCAGGAAGAGCUCUCCGAUACAUUCGGCAAAUAUGGCGAUAUUGUUAGCAUCGACCUGAUCCCACCGCGUGGUUGUGCAUUCAUUGUAAUGAAUCGUCGUCAGGAUGCGUACAAGAGUAUGCAGAGUUUGAAGAGCCACAAAAUGCACGGUCGCACAAUCACCAUCUCUUGGGCCACUGGAAAGGGUGUAAAAAAUAAGGAAUGGAAAGACUAUUGGGACAUUGAUUUAGGCUGCAGCUACAUUCCAUGGAACAAGCUGAGUCCAAAUACCGAUCUGGCAAGCUUGGAGGAGGGAGGCAUGUUUGACGAGGACACAAUGCCACAGUGGAUAAAGGAUAAAAUUGCCAACGCUACGAAGAAAGACGAGGAACCACCGGCCGUGGUGAAUCCAGUAUAUCCGGUCGAUACCAGUCAGCCGCCUCCACCGGCAAUGAUUAGCAUGAGCUUGCCGCCUCCGUUCCCGAUGGCAGGAGUUCCCAGAUUGCCGAUGAUGGGUAUGCCCAUGGUGCCCGGUAUGGGAAUGAACGUGCCACCACCGAAUUUGAUGAUGCCAGGUGCGAUGAACAAUCCUCCUCCACUGCCGAUGGCUGGUGCCGGAGGGUUUGGAGUCGGUGUCCUACCGCCCCCUCCACCGAGUCACGUACCACCGAUGAUGAACAUGCACCCGCCUGGUGGCGAUGAAAUGGACAUUGAGAUGGAAGAGGAACCUUCGAACCACGGUCACGGAGGAAACGUGCAUCCACCGGUUGGUAUUCCGAUGCCAAAUGUACCCUUCUUCAAUCAACCACCGCCGCCUCUGCUGCCACCGAAUAUUCCGUUGACUGGGGUUCUUGGUUUUGGUCCGAAUGAUCAAGAGCGUGUGGCUGGUGGGGAUCAGAAUAGACGUGGUGGACGAAAUCGGGAUGAGUUUGAGCGGCGUGGCAGUCGUGACCGUGAUCGUGACCAAGGUGGGCGAGAAGAGCGCCGUGGAUUUGGAAACGAUCGAGACGGAGGAGGUCGUGGUCGAAGAAGUAACCGCGAUGACAGUGACGGUGAACAGCGGAACGAUCGUCCAAGCCGUUGGGGAAGCAACGAUAGGAACCGGGGAUCGUCAUCUGGUCAAAACAGUGGUAAUGAAGGUGGUCGCGAUGAUAGGCCAUUAUCAGAGCGUCUGCGAGAGCUGGCCGAAAGAAGUGCCGGAGAAGCAACUGAAGCUCAGCAGCGGUUCGGUGGUGGAAGAAACUUCAGAGGUGGUCGUAAUAUGAACAGCGAUGAUGACGAUUUUAACCAACGAGGCGGAAGUGGAGAUGACUUCGGUGGUCGUCGAGGUAACUUCCAGCAGGGAGAUCGUUUCAAUAACAAUCAACGUGGUGGUGGUGGACGGUUCAAUAAUCGUGGCGGCCCCGGAUUCCGUAAUCAGCGCGGUGGUCCAGACAAUGAUAUGCCAAUGAACAUCAUGUCGCUUUUGAAUAUGGAUAUUUUUGGAAACAAUGGGCAACAACAAGAAGAUGGCGGAGAUCAACCGCCGGCGUUCUUCGAUCGUGGUGGUCGAGGCGGAGGUGGUGGUGAUUUUAACAAUCGUCAUCAGAACAACAAUUGGAACGACGGAGGAGGUCGUGGAAAUCGUGGUGGACGUGGCAAUUGGAGAGAUAAUAACGACGGCAAUGGUAGAGGAGACAAUGACAGAGGCGGUCGCUUUGGGCGUCAGAAUGAUCAAAGAAGCCAGAAUCGUCGAAGCGAAUCAGGUGGUCAGCAGCAUGAUCGCCGCCAAGACGAUUGGAAUCAGCCGCAGCAACAAUCGGGUGGUUCCGGUGGUGGAGGUGGUUCCAAGAGCAACGCUACAACAUGGGACCAAAUGGAUGAGACGUGGGAUGAUGAUGUUCCGGUAGUAACUCAAGUACGCAAGUUUGAGCCGCCAAAGGAAGAACCAGGGCAAGAGCCAAACGCGCAGGUUCAAGAACGUCAACAACCGGAUGAACAUAGUCCACAACAGGAGUAUCGAAAUCAGUCUCCGAAACGUCAAAAUCGUUCUCCAGAGCGUCAAAAUCGUUCUCCAGAACGUCAAAAUCGUUCUCCCGAGCGUCAACGUCAUUCUCCUGAGCGUCAACGCCAUUCUCCUGAGCGUCAACGUCAUUCUCCUGAGCGUCAGCGUCAUUCUCCAGAACGUAAGCGUCAUUCUCCUGAGCGUCAACAUCAUUCUCCUGAGCGUCAACGUAAUUCUCCUGAGCGUCAACGUCAUUCUCCUGAGCGUCAACAGCAUUCACCAGAACGUCAGCAUCAUUCGCCAGAACGUCAACAGCAAUCGCCAGAGCGUCAACAACACUCUCCAGAACGUGCACAGCAUUCCCCCAUGCAUCAACAUCUCUCGCCAGAACGUUCUCCCGUACGUCAACAGCAGCAGCAGCAAAAUGAAGAUGAGAGGAACGACUAUACAGAAAGUAUGAAUCAAUCGGAACCUCAAGAAAAACAUGAAGACCUGUUUGAGGAACGCAACGGUCCUGGAAGAAAGAGAGGCGGAACUCCACUGUUUGAUGAACUGCAAUCAACCGCUGUAAUUGAACCAAAUCGGGAGCGUGAAAUGGCCAGAAAUCCAAGUCCACCACCAAUAAUAAUGAGCCUGACCACCCCUACUAUAAGAUUUUCAUUGCCGCAACCACUACAGAGCAGAGUUCAGUUGUAUUCACCCUCUCCUCCACCGGCACCAGCACCAGUUGAAUCGGUUUUCGAACCUGUACAGGACGUGGUGGCUGCUGCUGUAUUUGCUGCUCCGGAACCAGAGAAAGAAGUUUCAGCUCCGGACCACUCAGAACCGGUGGCCGAUUCGGCUCCCGAGCCACCGUUGCAGGAUGCCGUUCCGAUGGCUGAGGAUGCUUGAGCAGAUUUUUGUUAGAAAAGAUAUUCAAAUGCUCAUUGUUCGUAUUUGGCAAUAUCUAACCAAUGGAGAGUUUUAUAGCCGUACGGAAGUAUUUUUCUUUUCAUUUAAACGAAUCUUAAAGCUUGGUGUUUGGAGUCAAAGUUCUGAGUUAUCAAUCAAUCUGCAUAGGUUGUGUUUGAUAAAACGUGUAGAAGUCUAAAACAGUUUGAGGAAUUUAUCACGAAGACAAGAAAACGGUUAGUUUAAACAAAUAGAAAAGUGUUCUGAAUAAAACACGUAAAUUACCAACUAUAAAAAAACAUAAAGGUAAACUAAUGAAUAAACUUUUUGAAUUCAUACAAGAAAAUUAGACUGUGAUAUUUUGUACGAGUGACGCGGUUUUGUAGUUGCAAUUGCAUCGUUUUGUACAGUUUGUAAACUAAUCACCGGAGAAAAAUUCCGAAGAAGACGAUGUUUCUAGAUAAGAUUAUACGGAAGAAAUAAAUCACCAAGAGAUUAUAACAAUAAAUUAGCUUGUUUGGUAAUAAGUAAAAAGCAGAAAGAACCGGAUUAAUUUAAGGCGUCCGGAAAAUUGUUUCGAUCAUCAUAAAGGUAGGUGUUGACAAAACGCCGUGGGAAAUCGUCGAGGGAUGCAGCAGUAUCUUCGCUACCUGAUCACCAAACGACCAUACGGAACUGAAAACACGCGCUUGCACUCGAGUUGAGUGACUUGUGCAAGGUACUGUGAAACUAAGUUUUGUUAUAUUUCGUUUAAUUAGAGAACAAUUUUUGUUAGUUAGUUUUGCUUCAUCUAGCGAGAACCUAAUUUGUAUUUAGAAAACGAAAUCAGAAGACAAUUUAUACUACAUGUUUGCAUUGAUGACAUCGUCUCGGAAGUAAAGCGACUACAAAUUGUACCAAACGAGCUAUCAAAAUGCGCUACCAAAACGAACCUCAUGGAUCGGCAAAAUAUCACAGUAAUUCACUACUUCAAGUUACAUUUGAUCACAACUAUGAUAAUUUUAUUCGUAAGGAACAAGCAUGCAUAACCUUUUAAUGGCAAAUAAUAUGAUAUAAAUAUCAUCAAUCAAUAAAUACUAAACACAUUUGUGUUACUCAAGCGAGUGGUUGCAAAACAACUAGACAA